CACCCCACAGCCCCUCACUCUUCUCUGACAGCAUCUCCAGGACAUCACUGCAGCUUGUCAUGGCCACCUACAAGGUGACAGUGGCAACAGGUGACAUGGUGGAAGCUGGGACCAACAACUCCAUCUCCAUCACCUUGGUGGGCAGCUAUGGCGAGAGCCGCCAGACCACCGUCUCCUUCUUGUUCCUGCCAGGGAAGGAGAGGAGCCUGUCUGUGCACUGUGGGCAGGACUUGGGCCCCAUUGUCCUCAUCCGCCUGCAUAAGUGGCGGCUCUUCCUGGAGGAUGCCUGGUUCUGCAAGGACGUCCGGGUGACAGCUCCCAAUGGCACCCUGUAUCGCUUCCCCUGCUACCAGUGGCUGGAGGGGGUCACCACAGUGGAGGUGCGAGAGGGCUCAGGGAAGAAGCUGGUGGACGACAAGCUGCAGAUCCUCAAGGAACAUCGUCAUCGAGAGCUGGCAGCACGGCAGGAGGCUUACCGGUGGAAGAGCUUCGCCCAGGGCUGGCCCCGUUGCCUCAACGUGGACUCCAUCUUCGACCUGGACUCCAACAUCCAGUUCUCCCGCAUCAGGGCCAACAACUUCACUGGUUUCCUCAUCUUCCAAGGGGCCUCCCACUUUCUGUCAGGGUUCCUACUGAGACGCAGCUCCUGGAAGAGCCUGGAUGAGAUGCGCACCAUCUUCUCUCGGACACAGGGCAGGGACAUUGUCCCUGAGUAUGUGGCCAAGCACUGGCAAGAAGAUGACUUCUUCGGUUCCCAGUUCCUCAAUGGCAACAAUCCCAUCAUCAUCCAUCGCUGCACCACACUGCCGCCCAAAUUCCCAGUGACACCAGAGAUGGUCGCUGGCUCACUGGGAGGUGGUACUGACCUGGACAAGGAGCUGCAAGAAGGUCGGAUUUUCAUUGUGGACUACAAGGUGCUGGAGGACAUCCCAACCGACACCAUUUACGGGCGCCAGCAGUACAUAGCGGCCCCACUCUGCCUGCUUCACCAAGGCACCGAUGGGCUCCUGCGCCCCAUCGCCAUCCAGGUAGGGGUGUCCCACCCUAAAUCCUGCUGUCAGGAGGGUGGCAAUGGUCCUAUACCACUGUCUGGUGUCCCACAGCUCAGCCAAACACCAGGACCCCGCAGCCCCAUCUUCCUGCCAAGUGAUGAUGAGUGGGACUGGCUGUUGGCCAAGACCUGGGUGCGCAAUGCUGACUUCUACAGCCACCAGCUCCUCACCCACCUGCUGAGGACCCACCUGUUUGGGGAGGUCUUUGCCAUUGCCACCCUGCGCCACCUGCCCACCUGUCACCCCCUCUUCAAGCUCCUCAUGCCCCACUUCCACUUCACACUGCACAUCAACACUUUGGCCCGCAGUGUCCUCAUAAACCAAGGUGGUCUCAUUGACAAGGGUUCCGGGGUGACCUAUGAAGGGCUGCUGCUGGUGGUGCAGCGAGGCCUGGAGCAGGUGACCUACACGUCCCUGUGCCUCCCUGAUGACAUCCAACAACGUGGCAUGUCCCAUGUCCCCAACUACCAUUACCGAGACGAUGGGAUGAGCCUCUGGGAAGCCAUUGAGAGCUUUGUCACCGGCAUUGUGACAUUCUACUAUGGUGGGGAUGCAGCGGUGAGCGGGGACACCGAGCUGCAGGCCUGGGUGAUGGACAUCUUCACCAAUGGUUUCUUGGGCAGGACCUCCUCAGGUAUUCCCUCGUCGCUGCAGACAGUGGUGGAGCUCAUCAAGUUCCUCACCAUGGUGAUGUUCACCUGCUCGGCGCAGCACGCGGCUGUCAACAAUGGGCAGUAUGAUCUGGGGGCCUUCGUCCCCAACGCCCCGUCCUCCAUGCGCCACCCACCACCCACUGAGAAGGGCCAGGCCUUCCUCCAGCACUUCCUCGACACCAUUCCUGAGGUGGCCACCACUGCUAACAUCCUGGUUGCCCUCAUUCUCCUCAGCUCCCAACUCAAGGACAGGAGGCUCCUGGGACAGUACCCGGAGGAGUGGUUCACGGAGGCGGAACCCCGGCGGCUCAUCCGGGCCUUCCAAGGGCGGCUGGAGGAGAUCCGGGACCGGAUUGAGGAGAGGAACCACCUGGCUGAGCUGAGAUACAACUACCUGAACCCACUGGAGACAGAGAACAGCAUCUCCAUCUGAGCACAGGAGCUGCACCCACUCAGCACCAGCAGCACUCCCAGCACCCUGCACCUGGGCACCCUCAACAGACAGAGCCACCAUCAUCUGGACAUCCAGUAUACCCAGCACUCCCAGCACCCCUUACAUGGCCAUCCCCAACACCCUUGUCACCCAACAUCCCGCACUUGGACAACCCCAGCAACCCAACACCUCGAGAUCUCCAGCAUCUAUCCCUCAGCUCCCUCAGCACCCCCCACUCCAUUUUUCUCUCCCCAAUAAAUGCCAG